GUACAAUUAGGCUGGUAAAAAGAAAGAUGAAAGAAAUAUUGGGCGAUGCGGUUAAUUUGCAACAGAAAAAUAAUCGUGCAGAACGUCAUGUUGUGAAACUAAAUUAUUUGAGAAUAAUUUCUUUGAAGAAAGGCUGGAUCACUUAGAAGGCAAGAAUACUUGCAAUUUAAAAAGAGGAAUAAAAUGAUCAGAAAAUUUUGAGUAUUCUAAGUAUUCUAAAAGCAAUGUUGGAUUUCAAAUUGGAUAAAAUGGAUCAAAGCAAAUUCCAAAUAUUAAAUUCUAAAUCUCCAUCAAAUUCAAACUUUCUUAAUAGUUAGAAUAAUUAAGCUCUGACCAUAAUCAACGGUAAACAUGAAAAAUCUCUCGCGAUAAAACAGGCAUUGCGAAAUGGAGGAAGAGGCGAAGAGGUGGUAGACUGGGGUUGUCGUCGCUCGGGAACGAGGCAGGGCAUGUCGGGGUCAGAGACGAGUUCAUUCAGUCUCACGCGGUUGGCUGACUGCUGAUCGUUUUCUCUUGUUCCAACUCUUGCCGAAGCUUACAUUCUCCUCCUUUCCUGUCUCGGUGAUUCUCCCUUCCUGUGGCGUUGGUGAUUCCCUCUUCCUCCUGCUGAUUCGCGGCGUUCGAAGCUUGGAGGUACAACGAGUUCGCUGUCGACAAUCGAGCUGCUUGUGUACCUCUGAACGAGUACACGUGCAUUGUCGGGACGACGGGACGCAUAUCUAGGCGGUUUAACAUGGUCUAGUUUCGCGACCGCGCUUUCGAUCCAUAGAAGAAACUGUCAUUGAACAGCUGUGUAUAGUUUUUCCAUUUGGUUUCAUUUAUUUUGAGUAAUUUAAGUUCAUUCAUUUUCUUGAUUUUUCAAGUAACCUUUUGAUCCGACGUGUUUGAAGACGAGAGGUGCUCAAUGCGGUAGUAAUCACUGUUUUCAGCAUCGUUAAGGGGAACAGACCGCCAGGAUCAACGCGGCGUCAUCUUUCACGGUGAAGAUCGAAUGUGGACAUUGUGCCAUUCGACUGACGAAACGGUAGCAACGGAGGAAAUCGCGAUUUCGGACGACCUGGCACGUGAGAGGAGGGCAUAUUGGAUGAACAGGGGAGAUUGUCGGUGAUGGACAAUGAGCAGCCGCAUCAGGAACUGGUCAAGUGCGUGGUCGUCGGCGAUACGGCAGUUGGAAAGACCAGGCUGAUCUGUGCGAGAGCCUGCAACAAACACGUGUCGCUGUCGCAACUCUUGACGACUCACGUGCCCACCGUCUGGGCCAUCGACCAGUAUAGAAUCUACAAGGACGUCCUAGAACGUUCCUGGGAAGUAGUCGAUAACGUGAAUGUUUCCCUGCGACUUUGGGACACGUUUGGCGACCACGAGAAGGAUCGACGUUUCGCGUACGGCAGAUCGGACGUUGUGCUACUAUGUUUCUCUAUAACAAAUCCCGUAUCUCUACGGAACUGCAAGGCGAUGUGGUAUCCGGAAAUACGACGAUUCUGCCCACAGACUCCGGUACUGUUAGUGGGCUGCAAGAACGAUCUACGUUACAUGUACCGAGAUGAGACGUAUCUGAGCUAUUUCCGCGACCGCAGUCCGUUCGUGAGAGCCACGAGGAAGAGCGAUCUGGUAAUGCCUGAUCAAGCUCGAGCUGUUGCACGUGAGCUUGGUGUUUGCUAUUAUGAGACUAGCGUCUUUACAUAUUACGGUGUUAACGAAGUCUUCGAGAAUUCGAUACGCGCUGCCUUAAUCGCGCGUCGCCAACAACGAUUUUGGAUGACGAACUUGAAGAGGGUGCAAAGGCCUCUUCUUCAGGCACCGUUUUGUCCACCAAAACCUGUACCACCGGAAGUGUGUCUGGCGACAAGCACUUACGAAGAAAACAUGAAAACGUUGUGGACAAAACCAGUUCACACUGACGUGACUUUGAUAGCCGGAAACUGCACGUUUUCCGCUCACAGGUGUCUUUUAGCCGCAGCAUCGCCCGCGUUCCAUCGACUUUUCUCUAUGGAACUCGUUCAGGAACAAACACCUCGAAGCUCUAGCGAAUCUAGCAUGGUGAGUACAUUCGGCGAAGCAACGGUCGGUGACUUCAACGAUGACACCGAAUGCCUCAUUCGUAUCGAUCAAUCAAAACCUGCAAAAGUUUGGGAACAACUGAAGCGACGUUCAAGCUUCCAAGUACUGCCCACGGUGGACAACCAAAAGAAACCACCUGGAGCUACUAGAGAACUUAAUCAUCCUGCCUUCCAGAACAUCCGUGUAUGCUUGACUGAAAAUACAAAUGGAAUGCAGCAACCAACGACCGUGGUGACGCUGUCUAAACUAAUUACACCCCAGGCGAUGCAGCAGUGCUUGCAAUUCAUUUACAUGGGCAGCUUGGAUAAACGGUAUCACGAUCUACAAACAGCUCCUAUCGGGCUUCUACUGGAGAUUAGACAAGCGGCGGAAUUCUUGGAGCUUCCGCAAUUAUUGAUGGUGCUUGGGACUUUACAAACAAGAGAUCAAUUUAAUAAUGAUCUUAAUAAUAGGUAUAAGCAAGUGGUGAGGCAACGUUUGGAAGACAUUUGUCUAGAACAAGGACUCUUCGCUGAUGUGAUAUUUGAACUAGACGAUGGAAGUGUUCCAGCCCACAAAGCGAUACUCACUGCCCGAUGUGAUGUAAUGAAGGCCAUGUUCUCCGGAGAUUUCCGCGAAAGUAGCGCAAAAGUGAUAGUGUUUCCCGGUGUACGCGAGUACACGUUCCACAAACUACUCUGCUAUCUCUAUACGGAUGAAGUGCCAGCAAUUUCCUCUGCCAGGUGCUUGAACCUCUUAGAAUUGGCAAAUCGUCUUUGUUUGCAACGACUGGUGAACUUGGUCGAGAGCAGAGUGAUCGAAGAUCUCGGGAGAUUGUCUCAGAACGAGGGAAACGAGGCCGUGGAGAACUGUCUGAGACUGCUGGAACCGUGCAAGUUGCAUAAUGCCGAUCAACUAGCUGACUGGUGUAUGAACCACUUGUGCGUCAAUUACAACAAGUUGUGCAAAAUGUCUCCGCGAAGCGUACGCCUUCUGCAUCCGGAGAACCAGGAAUAUUUGAACGAGCAUCGAUGGCCUCCAGUAUGGUAUUUAAAAGACUACGAUUACUACCAAAAAUGUUUGGCGGAACGUGACCGCGAAAAUAAGCCGACGUUGAAGAGAAAUCGCAAUCAGUCCGGUUGCUUAUGCUUCUCUGGUACGAGCAAAACCAGGAGAGAAAGUUCGAACGGUGGUGGAGGUACAGCAUCGUCGGCGAACAACGAUCCGCAAGCUGAACGACCCCUAUUCGACUCUAUAGAGUCAGGUGAACAGGUUGUAUGACAAGAGCCUAGCGGCUUACGCCGCUCAGUCCGAUUCAUUCUGGUCCUACCCGUGCUCAUGGUCUUCAUAUGCACCAUUUUUACUAUUUUGAUACUGCUACAGAUUUAUACUUAAGGAACGUUAAACACGAUUUAUGCACACUCGAAGAUGCCUAUGAAAAAAUCCGGAUAUAAGUCAUCCAGUCCUUUACCAGCCGUACGUAAUGAGAAUGAAUUUCUUGGUUCUUCUUCCUGUUUUUCUUUGUCUUGGAAAAAAGUGUCCAGUCUGAGAAAAAAACGAUAUAUGAAUUGGUGCGAUCGUAUCUUUUGUACAACUUCAACGGAAAUGAAUCCAACAUUCGUAUUGUCAUUUAAGAAGUGUAUUUAAAACAAAUUCUAUGCUGUCGAUUCUUUUAGAAUUUCACACGGGCGUCCGUCGUUUAUAAGCAAAUAAAACAAGAUGGUGCCUUUUGUUGACGACUCGUCGUUGCUGCCACAGCGACCCUAAAAUAGGGUGAUGUCGAUCACCUGGGACAUGUUUUAACGUCUUUUUGAUCGUAUCCGUAAAUAUGAAUUACAGUGAAAAAGAUAAAUCACGAUAUAAGUUGAAGAAUGUCUUGCAUCCAAUUGUCCGUCAAUGAGCACGGCACGUUUUUCUAUGGAGAACGUGAAUGUUUCAGAUUGCUCAUCUACUUUAAUCACGUAACAAGUGAUUUUUAUACAAGAGUUACUUCGGUGGUUCUUAACACCCUUGAGAUUUUUUCAUAUUUCUCUAGUUAAUAUUGUUCAUGAUUUCUGUAUAUUCCUAAACCAAAAUUUCUACAUUAAUUUCAUGGUAAAUUUCAGGACGCAUAGAAAACCGAAUUGCAUUUUCUACCGAAUCGUUGUGCGUCUAAAUACUGGGAAAUCUUGAACAGUAUUUACUUCGAUAAUUAUUGUAAUUUCCAGCUUCCCUCCGCCUCAAAUUACAAUUUAAUUCUACAAAAAAAGAAGGGCAAGAGGAAAAGGGCUGGAAAAUUUUUUAAAUCGAGCCACUGAAGGAAAAAAAUGAAAUUUUCAAGAGACGAUUAAGAUUCGUCGUAAUUUUAUCGAUGCGUGUUAGACUGAAGAAAACGAGCAAUAGCUUUAGUCCAUAGUAGAGCGUGACUAUACUAAGGGAUACACAUAGUUCUAUAAGGAAUAAGUAACUAUUAAUAAUAAAUCGAUGCGGAUUUUUACAUUGUUUGUACAGCAUCCGACGACGCUUCAUCUCUUGAGUUUCCGUUCGACGAGAUUACGGUUUCUUCGAGUGCGAGAAGUCCUCUCGUAUUUGUACUAUUUUGUAACGAUUUACGGCUAAAUGAAAUAGCUAUUCUCGUCAAUCGUCGAUUACUAUUAAGUAAUGGGGGUGCAUGCAGUUCAAUCGACAUAAAGUUGGAUCGUCCAAUAAAAAAACUGCGACAUAUCGAUCACGGUAAUGGGUUACUGCUAGAAUUAUAAAUUACGAUCACAUUGGUAAGAAUAAUUUAAUAGGAUAAAUAACGAGAGAAAAUGGGGAUGAAUUGAUAAUUAAUUCGUAACGAUUAUAAUUACGUAUAUCGUAACAUUCGUAAGGUAUAGAGCGAUGGUCCGUUCGAAUGUAUCUCUGUGUAAGAGUGAGUCCUCGCGUAUAUUAUAUAUUUUCUUAGCGACUUGUACUUUGUAAGGCACAAAUUGAUUCUCGUACGCCGAAGAAACGUAAUUAUGUAUCGUCAAAGUGGGUCAUCAAUCACGUAUAUAAAUCCUCGUUUAGAUAUGAAGCAACUUGUAUUAUUAGCGGUCGAUAUCACAAAUAAUUUAAUACUUGUUAGAUCAUCCUUUGCCGUGAUCAUCGUUCAAUCGAUUUUUUCAUACAUCAUCGUGCAAUGAAAGUAUGUUCGAAUGAGUGAGCGAAUGGGAAGGAACAAAAAGGGAGAAACAAAAUAUAGACGGAGAAUUGUAAUUUUACAUUAUGUAUGUAUAUCAUAUACGGUACUAUCUUGUUAACUGGCCGUUUAUUAAAAAAUUAGAAUUUCGCUCCUAGAAGAAACUUCCAAGGAAUGGUGGGGAUAGCAAUGACCAGUUAAUAAGGCAGAAUUCCAGCCAAUUAACAAGACAGUACUGUAUCUAAAUAAACAUUUAUGUAACCACGCGUGACAAUGAGGGUUCUUUGACUGGUUAUUCGAAUUAAACAAUUUCAAUCUAGAUAUUUGAAAGAAGUUGAGGAAGAAGUAAAAUUAAACAUAUAUACAGUCACAAGAUGUAUUACUGCCUGAUCUGAGAGAAAUUAACGGAAACAAUGUACACGCAAAGAUAAUAUAUCUGUUCCGGCGAGGCGAGGGUGAGAAUAGCGUCCCAUUUGUACGCUAUGUCAAUUUUAAUGUCAAUGUUAUCCUUCGUCGCUCCUAAGUGUAUAUUUUGUACUGAAAUCAGUAAUCGUAGGAAUAAGGAAUACAGUUACAUGUAGAGCGAUAGGGGAUCAGGAAAUUAUAAUUUUCAAAUGCAUUUUAGCUAGAAUUCACCUUAAAUUUCUAUUAAAUGUUUUUCCAUGCGUACAAGGCAUUUGCGGGCAUUUAAAACUCUAAAUGUGACAAUUGUAAAUGUACAGUUUAACGUAAACUUAAUUUACGUUGAUAAACAAGGAUUAUUUUCUAUUAUCAUUUCCUUCAAAGUAAAAAUUUCUCAAUUUCUCAAAGUAUUUACAUAUUCGUUUCGUUUUUCUUAUUUUUAAUUUUCAACUUACCACGCUCGCAAAGCCUUCGAUCCUACGCCGAGGAAGAUUAUUGUGAUUGCGACCUCUGUUUUGAAUCUUACAGUAGUGUCUGGUUAACUGGCUAUAGCUAUCUCCACCAAUUCUUAGAAAUGACACCGUGGAGUGUCUCUAUAUAGUACAUAGUUAAAAUAUAUGUAUCAGGCCAAUUAACAAAGCAUUACUGUAAUCGAUUCGUCGGAAUCGUCAGUAUUUGGUCGGAUUAAGAAUUUAAGCCUAGAUAUCGAUUAAGAAAUCAUAAAGUAAUUUUGAACAUUUCAUAUUAUAACGUUCUGUAUUAAUGAACGUCAAACGUAUAAAUUUUUUCAAAACAUACAAGUCAAAUCUUAUGACUAAUUAUUAAUAUUUCUAUAUUAAAAUUAAUUCGCCCCAGCACGAUUUACGUUUCACAUUUGUAACUAUUUCGCAUAUUUAACUUUUCUAUUGCUUUGAUUAUAUCUUACGAUUAAUGAGUUAUUUUCAAUCUUUAUAUUCAUAAACAUAUUUUCAAAUUUAAACACUCAAUAUUUGAACAUGUCAGGAUUUAACAAAUAUAUGAUGAACGGCAAAUGGAUAAUGCUAUCGAACUUUGACAAACAUCAAGUUUUGUAAUUACCUUUAAAUAUUACGUUAAAUGAUAUUUUGAGGAUCACAGAGAAACUAAAGAAGUAAAGCGAUUAUUCGAAGGUCUCAGUUGACAAUCCAUAUUGAUUUUCGGAUAUCUUGAUGAGCGUUAAUCGAAAUAAUGACAUCUAUGGCAGAUUUCAUUUUACUCGUCUAAGAUAAAAGUAUAGCUGUAUAUACAUAUAUAUCCAUACCGCUUCGAGAAAUAUGAUUUUUAUCUUAAGCUAAAUUUUAAUAUUCUAUUUUCAAAAAUGCACAGGCGACAAAUAAAUUUAAUUUUUAACUAAAAUUGAGAUUUUUUAGAACUGUAUUUCAAACAAUUAUAUACCCUUUUCAUUGAGGCACAAAAAUGUAAUGUCUAAUCUCCAAAUUAAAAAAUGUUACAUUAACCCCUUCCCGUACUGUAGCGACUCAGAGUCGCAAUGAAGAUUUUGGCCCAAACAUGAAUAUCACGAGCCUGACUCGCGACCAGAUACUUGGACCAAACGUAAACAUAACAAGACGAGCUCGCGAACUGUUUCUUUGCCCGUUACGAUCGUGACUGAAUGUUAGUUUCUGUUUACGAGCAUCAGUCUGGUCUGUUUCGUCGAAAUAACUGGCACGGGAAGGGGUUAAAUUAGAAAAGUUUUAUUUCUAUCUCUUUUUUGAUUCUUUUAUCAUACAGUGAUUUGUGUUAAAAACUUGCCAUCUAUAUAAUAAAUAGGUUACAUCAUAAUAAUGAAAGAUAUUUGUAUAAAAAAUUACAGUCUCUGAUACAAUACUCUUCUCUCUCUUAAGGAUAUAUGAAUCUCUUCUAUUUACAAAGUGAUUAAAAAUACAAAUGGUUAAAUAUAUAUCUAUAGUGGCGUUGAUAAUGUUACCAUCGCAGUUUUUAUUUCAUCAUAAAGUUCUUUAUAUUCUUCAUGUUCCUUAAUAAGUACCAUAA